CGUCGUCUCUAUAAAAGCCCUUUUCCGCUGUAAACUAGUCGGGGGAAUUUUCACCUUUCUUCCCGGCAGGUGAUGUGCAGAGGAGCUCGAGAAGUCCUCGAGUUGUAUAUGAACAAAGCACCAUCGCCAUCAAGAAAUCAUCUCCUCGGUCUACCUCCUAAUUCGGAAAUUGGAUCAUAGCCCCACGGGUAAUUUGGCGUUUCUUCUUUGACUCCACCUGCCUCUUAUUCUAUCACCAAGCGAACUCAAAACACCCUUCAAGAUGAUGCAAAUUAUCAACGACCCGGCGAGCAACAAGCACUCCCUCAUCAAUAUGAUGAACCGUUUCAUCGCGGCCGCCAACAACAUGGAUGAAACUAUCAUGGUGCCGAGCUUGUUGCGGGAUAUGCCGCUGGAGGAACGAGCCCAAACUGCAGAGAUUGAACCCAACAACAAUCAGCACCAGCAGCAGCCCUGCCUCAACAAGCAACGGGAUAUGUACGAGCACUACCUCCUCCUCAAGUCGAUAAAGAACGACAUGGAAUGGGGGCUGCUGAAGCGGGAGCUGAGUAGCGGAGCCAGUUUCCUCGAGAUGGCCGUCAAACAGGAAGAGCAGAAACCGGUGACCGGGGAUCUGCCCAACGAGGACACCAACUCGGACUUGGAGGAACAGUUCCACUUCCACCUCCGCGGACUGUUUGGUGUCCUGUCGAAGCUCACCGUGCAAGCAGACCACCUCACGAACCGCUACAAAAGGGAAAUCGGGGGUGGGAAUUUCAUGAGAUAGGGUUUGCUUAAGUUAAACCAGACUGCACACUUCGUUAAGACAGGCUUGUUUUCAAAGAGAACGUGGCCGCCACCUCUACUAAAAUAACUGCAAUGGACAGCAAUCUGACCAGGGCCUUUUCUUUCCCAUUCCUUUCAAAGUAUGCGCCAUGCCACCCUUUCCCCAACGUCAGCCAGCUCCACUAAACUUAUUUUAAACACCUGCUGUACUGUACCCUGAGCCUUUAGGAUCUUUUUAAACUGGAUUAUUUGCAUCGUCUUGAGGUUAUAGACACUUAGUGGUUAUGCAGAAUCUCCCCCUAGUCGUUCAUUUCAAGUUUGGCAGGGAAUUAGGUCAACGGGGCACUGGGUGGGACUGACCUCACCUUAGGAGCAUUUUGAAUUCUGGCUAUUCUGACACAAAAAAGUGAGUAAAAUUCUGGGCUUUAGGUCCUUGUCAAAAGACGUUAUAUAUUUCAACAUUUCCAACCCAGUAAUUGUAACAUGUGCCUUGAAUUUUAUAUGCUAUCCAUGCCCUCUCCAUUCGAUUCCUAUCUGGUCCCUCUUUUCAGAAAUUGGUUUAACAGUUGUAACCGGUGUUGUUAUGGUAACCACUUAUUUGUUUUGUCCUUUUGAAUAUUUCAUUUUUUUAUAAAUAUAUAUAUUGCAGUCCAAAUGAAUAAAGAAUUGGAAAUAAA